AUGCGAUGGCUAUUCUGGGCAUCAGACAAUGACAAGGAUGGAUGCAAAUGCAAUAGCAAAUCAAGCUCCAGUAGCGAUGAAAAGCCGACAGCCCCCUUGAAAUCCAAUAAGGAUUGGAAUUCAUUGUCCAAUGCAAUCAAUUGGUCACAUUACGCUGAACCGUCAAAUCUUAUACCGACCGUCCUGUUAACAAGUGGCAUUUUGUUUGCUUUUCGAAUACACCGUCGAUACCUACGGCGAAUCCCCGAAGCAACUAAUAUAUCGCCUUCCUACCUUCGACAGCGAAGUAUACUGGGCAAAGUCACAAGUGUGGGAGAUGGGGAUAAUUUUCGUAUCUAUCACACGCCUGGUGGAAUGCUUGCGGGAUGGGGAUGGCUCAGAAAGGUGCCUACUUCGAAGAAAGAGUUGAAGAACAACACAAUUCACAUCCGUAUCGCGGGCGUUGAUGCACCAGAGCUCGCUCACUUCGGACGCCCAUCCCAACCUUUCGGCGAAGAGGCACACAAGUGGUUAAUUAACCGACUUACCGGUCGCAGAAUACGUGCUUACGUCUAUCGACCUGAUCAAUACAGCCGUAUUGUAGCCACAGUAUAUGCUUAUCGGUUUCUAUUCUUCCCUCAGGAUAUUGGAUUGCAGAUGCUGCGAGAAGGCCUGGCCACUGUUUAUGAGGCCAAGUCUGGCGCCGAAUUUGGCGGACCAGAACAGGAGAAGAAGUAUAGAGAUGCUGAGGCAUUGGCUAAGAAGAAAGGGAAGGGCCUUUGGAAAACAAAGGGCUCAAAUGACUGGGAGAGCCCCAGAGAUUUCAAGUCUAGGAUGAAUGCUAUAGACCAGGGGAAGGAUUCGUCUACAUGA